CCUAGGCCCAAGCUUUGAGUCCCUAACUAGGGUUGGGUCUAACGGGGGCGAGUCCAACUGUUUGGGUGGACUUCGGGCCGCUCACUACUGCGGGCUAUUUUUACACUCCUCCGCCCAUCACUGCCAUAAUGGAAUCCUCAGAUUCAUGACCCUUUCAGUUCGUUCAAGUCGAAGAAGAUGGUCGGUUUAUCAUCAUCGAAGCCAUUACCGUCCGAUCAAACGACCAAAGCUCACUCGGAUCUGACUCCAUGGAGCUCUAAGACCCCUGAUAAGCCAGCGUGGGUCGAGUCCGGAAUCGCCAGAAGUCGGAUCGAGAUCACCUGAUGGAGAGCAGAUCGGGUCGGAGCCUAGUGAUAUUGCGAUCGGUAAAUCAAAAAAGAAGGUUGAUGGGUCAAUAAUAAAGCUUCUGGAAAAUUGGAAACCACCCCUCAUUCAUUGCUUCAAACUUAACACCGAUGGCGCGGCAAAUGAAAAUCAUGUAGCUACAGGCGGCAUCAUUUGUGACAAUCAUGGCAAUUGGGUUUCGGGCUUCUGCAGAUUUCUGGGCAAAACCAACAGUCUAACUGCCGAAUUAUGGGCCUUUAGGGAUGGUGUCAAAUUGGCUCUUGACAUGGGUCUUACACCAAUUGAAGUUGAAUUUGAUGCUCUCACUCUUGUACACAUGGUAUUAAAUAAUUGCAAUGACCAACACCACCUUAGCAAUGUUGUUCAUGACUGCAGGUUCCUCCUGGACAGCCUCGGAUCGCCAAUUGUUAAACACAUUUUCAGGGAAGCCAAUCAAAGUGCGGAUGCACUAGCCAAUUAUGGGCUGCUUAUGAUGGAUGAGAAUUUUCAUGUUUUCUCCUACCCUCCAUCUCCCUUUAUAUCUCAGAUGGUUAUGUAUGAUGCUAUGGGAAUUCUAUAUCCCAGAACUAUCUUAUGUGGAGCUACUGAAAACUGAACAAGUGAAAGCCAUCAUUGGACCAUUGACACCCAUGCAAGCAAAUUUUGUAAUUCAUCUUGGAGAAGAAGCUCAUGUCCCCAUUAUUUCAUUCUCUACAACAAGUCUUUCCCUCUCAUCUCUUCCGAGUCCGUAUUUUUUCCAAGCUGCUCUAAAUGACUCAUCUCAAAUACAACCCAUAACUUCUAUAAUUCAAGCCUUUGGAUGGAAAAAAGUUGUACCCAUUUACACAGAAAAUGAGUAUGGAGAAGGUUUGAUUCCAUUUUUGACCGAUGUAUUUCAAGAAAAUGAAAUUUGUGUUCUGUACAAAAGUACAAUUCGUCCUGUGGCCAGUGAUGAAGAAAUUGUUGCAGAGCUUUACAAGCUGAUGACUAUGCAAACCAGGGUUUUUAUCGUACACAUGACUUGCUCUCUUAGCGCUCGCUUAUUUACCAAAGAAAAUGAAAUCGGGAUGAUGAGUGAAGGGUAUGUCUGGAUCAUAACUGAUGGGAUAACGAAUUCCUGGAAUUUUUUUGACCCUUCAAUCAUCAUCGACUCAAUGCAAAGGGUGAUUGGUGUAAAACCACAUGUUCCAAAAAGUGAAAAGCUUGAAGAUUUUACUAGUAGGUGGAAAAACAAAUCACACCAAGAGAAAACUAGUAGUGAUCUAAAUGUUUUUGGGUUAUGGGCAUAUGACUCAGCCACAUCACUGGCAAUGGCAGUUGAGAAAGUUGGUGCAUUGAAUUUGAGCAUUUCAAACCUUGCUAAAAAUUUAACCACCGACUUUGAAAGUGUUGGAGUGUCUCAAAAUGGUAUUCAUGUUUGUCAAGCUCUUUCAAGCACUCCUAGAUUUAGAGGACUCAGUGGAAAUUUUAGCUUUGUCGAUGGGCAACUACAAUCGUCUGCUUUUGAGAUUGUGAAUGUGAUCGAAAUGGGCCAAGAGGAAUUGGAUUUUGGACGCCGGAACAUGGAAUUGUAAGAGAAUUCAAAUUUGAUGCAGUGAAUACAAGGUACAAGGAUUACUUGACAUCUCAGGCCAAUCUUAAAGCUAUUAUAUGGCCAGGUGAUAUACUAACAUAUGAAUGUUUCCUAUUUAGCCGCUAUUCCUAGACUACUUCGAUUUUUUUCCCCUGUUAUAACAAAGCUAUAUGUAUAGAAUUAAAACAUAAGACAGUAAAUGAAUUGUGUGUUUCAAAUUUCUAACCUUUAUUUCAAUAUUUCUGUUUACACCCUAUAUUGAACCCAUGAAGGGAGUUAUACUCAAGCUUGAUUUCGAAAAAGCGUAUGACACAGUCAAUUGGGGGUAUCUGUUUUCCAUGAUGGCCAACCUUGGGUUAGGAAAUAGACGGAUCAGAUGGAUGAAAACUUGCUUCAUCACAGCAUGAGUCUCCAUAUUAGUAAAUGGUUCACCAAUUGUGAGUUUUGUCCACAAAAGGGACUAAGGCAAGGCGACCCUCUGUCCCAUUUUUUGUUCAAUAUUGCAGCAGAGAGGCUGAAUCUACUACUGGAAAUUGCAAAACAGCUGGGAUUAUUAAAGGGAGCUACUGUUGGGUCUGCAGGAUUGAAGUUGUUUCAUCUUCAGUUUGCAAAUGACACUAUUCUCUUUUGUGAAGCAGAGUGGGAGGAGAUUGUGAAUAUUAAAAGAAUUCUUAGAUGCUUCGAGUUGAUGUUAGGCCUCAAGAUAAAUUUCCAUAGAAGUGUGUGUGUGGAGUUGGGAUUAGCGAUGUUAUGGUUCAUGACUAUGCUUCAAAAUUGCAUUGCUUAAGCCAUAAAUUACCUCUCAAGUACCUAGGUUUACCACUUGGUGCAAAUUCAAGGAGGAAGAAGACUUGGCUGCUUGUGGUGGAUAAGGUUAAGGCCAAGUUAGCCUUAUCGAAAAGAAAGCUAUUGUCUUUUGCUGGUAGGUUAACUUGGUCAAGCCUGUGCUGGAUAGUCUUCCUGGUUAUUACCUUUCAGUUUUCAAACUACAAAAGGUGUAGCUAAGGAAAUUGACAAGUUAAAGGCAACAUUUUUAUGGGGUAGCUCAGAGUUGAGAAGAAAGAUUCAUUUGGUGAAUUGGAAGGAAGUAACAAUGAGUAAAGACCAAGGAGGGUAAGGGAUGCAAAUGAUUUCAUGUUAGCUAAGUGGUGGUAGAGAUAUGGGGUGAAGGAUAAAUCACUGUGGAAAAAGGUUAUCAUCAGCAGGUAUGGUGCAAAACGGGGCAGGUGGUCACCAAUGAAGGAAGUGGUUGGUAAUGAGUCUAAUGAAUGGUGUGAUAUAUUGAGUGUGGCAAGGACUAAUCCUGGGUUAGUUGAGUUCUUUGUUUCUAAGUGUAAGAUUGUGGUUGGUGAUGGGUGCGGGUUUGAUUUUUGGCAUGAUAGAUGGCUCAUGGAUCUAUGGCUAAAAGUGGAGUUUCCCAAGUUGUUUAGGCUCUCUGUGAAAAAAGAAGGUAAGCUGAGCUCUUUUAUGCGGAGGAGGGACAGAUCAGGGGACUGGAAGCUAUUGUUCAGAAGAUCAUUAUUUGCUAGGGAGGAAGAGGAGGUCAGUAGGCUACAAGUGUUGACAAGAGAUGUCCCUAGGUUGAAUGUGGAGCUGCAUGAUGCAGUAAGGUGGACUGCAUUCACAGUGCCAUCUGUUAGAGAUUGGUUUGAACUAAAUAAUGGCCCUAGAUUGCUGGUUCUUAGGUUGUUAUGGAACAAUGUGG